AUGACGGCGCAGGGCUUCCAGAGCGAGUGGCUGUCGCGGCAGGGCGCCACCAUGGAGGACCUCGGCAUGCGACCCGAGGGGUACACCCCCGCCCUCGAGGCGGCCACGACGGCGGACGCCGUCUGCAUGUACGCACAGAUGCUGCACCAGCUGGUGGAGGUCGACGGCGUUCAGCUCGACGACCUGAGAGAACGCACCCCUUCCGCGUAUCUCGCCGUGAUGGACGCCUUCGCGGCGAGCAACUUCUCCGGCGUCAUCGGCCAGGUCAAGUUUGCGCCGAAUUCGCCAGACCCCGAGGGAUCCGUCAAGCUGGAGCAGCUGCAGAACGCGGGCACGUACAGGCAGGUGGAGUUCGCCUCGUUCUUGGAUGGGGUCCUGUCGUUUGCGGGCGUUGGCCUCGAGUUCGGUUUGCCCAACGAGUCGGACAUCGUGGCCCUGCCAGCAGCCGUGGCUCAGUUCACGACCUGCACGGGGGAGGAGUCCCUGGACUUCGAGACUAACCUGUGUGUGCCGUGCAGCUCGGACCAGGUGUGGCUGCAGGAGGGCGGCUUCUGCGCGUGCGCCGCCGGGUACUUCAAGAACGCCGCGGGGGCCUGCGAGCUGUGCUCGCCGGGGACCUUCACCAGCUCCCCGGGCUCGAGAGAGUGCACCAACUGCUCCGAGGGCCACUUCGCUGCGGCCAGCGGGCAGACUGCGUGCCAGGAGUGCACCGUCGGCCUGUACUCGAGCUUGCCGGGCCUGUCGGCAUGCACGGCCUGCGUGGAUGAGGGCAGGCCUGACAGCGACCGCUGGUCCACGUGGAAGCCAGACGGGUCCGGCGGGUGGCUGCAGAGCACGGGUGCGACGUCGAGAGAGGGAUGGUGUGGUUGCAGCGACGGGUCGUACCUCGACGGGGAUGUCUGCAGGGUCCCGUGGCCCUCACCGUUCCGAGAGUGGCUCGCCGUCACGGAGGUCUUCGUGUUCAACACGGGCACCAUGGGCUUGGAGUGCGUCAUGCCCACGAGCCCCAUUUGGACCUACUGCGAGAAGCUCGUCCUGCUGCUCUUCAUGCUCUCUCGAAGGGCAGCAGGAAGCCCGCCGCGGACCUCCGAAAGGUUCUGCUCGUGCCGUCCUCUGCUGUUCUGCUCAUUGGCGAUGUGCGCCAUCCACGUCGCCCACGUCAGCGUGUUCCACGAGAAGAAGUUCGGCGAGCGCAAGGCGGCGCUCUACUGCUCCAUCGGGGCGGUGGUGUUCUCCGUUUUCAUCGCCAUCUCCAGGAUCAUCUUCGUGCCGUUCGAGUGCGAGACCCACCCCAACGGGGAGUCGACGCUCGAGCUGUCUCAGGAUGUCUUCUGCUACGACAGCGGCGACCACUGGGUCAUGGUCGCCAUCGCCAGCGCCGGAGCCGUGAUCCCUGCCGGCUUCAUCGCGCUUGUGUUGUGGGUGCUGCACCAGCUUCCCAAGCGCAUCCUGGCCGGCGACACGAACUUUAUGAAGUGCUACACGUUCCUUUUCUGCCGCUUCCGCCCAGGCGGCUUCUGGUAUGUCGGGGUGCUCGUCAUCCGCAACCUGCUCAUCUCCCUGGUGCCAAUCAUGGGGGACGCCAGCGUGCAGCUCAUCCUCGUCUUCCUCUUUCUGAUGCCGUCCAUCGUGAUCACCCCGCACUUCUUGCCGUGGAGAAGCCCGAUCGGCAACAUCAUGGAGGAGGGCUCCAACCUGGCCAUCCUGUGCAUCCUCUUUCUGGGGAGCCUCCUGCUGCCCACCACCGACCAGGCGGGCCUCGCGGUCGGCUGCUGCCUGCUCGUCGGCGCGAUGGUGCUGUGCCUCGGCGCGGCCGCCAGCCUGGGGGCCAUCGCGCACGCCCGCAACCUCAUGGGCACCAAGUCCAUAUCCUUCUUCCUGUGCCACCACAAGCACUCGGGCGCUGCCAUGGCCCGCGUGCUCAAGUGGAAGUGGAUGGGCACGAGCAGCGUGGACGACGCGUUCAAGCGCGUGCACCUGCAGGCCGACUUCCACGGCAGCUCGGCCAGGUCGCUGGGGGACGUGGCGGACUCGGACAUGGUGGUCGCGAUCUGCACGGCGGAUCUCCUCGGGAGCCCUUGGUCCAUGGGCGAGCUGACGGUGGCAAAGGGCAAACAGGUCCCGACUGUCAACCUGAAGUAUCCCGACUUUGCGUAUCCAGAACAGAAGCGCAACCACGUGGAUCGCAUCAAGGGGCUGCACGAGCUCACCCACCUGGGCAUGAACGCCGAUUCCGUGCUGACCGUGCUCGACUGGAUGCCGACCAACCCGCAGGUGACUCUGCCGGACAGUCUUACGACCGCGGGCCUGACCAAUCUUGCCGACGAUCUCCUGAAGUUCCGACGCUUGGGAGGGUCCGACCAACCGUUGCUCGAGUGGAAGGGCGAAGGCGACCAGGAUGCGCCCCCAGACGCCGCGUGCACCCUGAUCGUGGACAUCCUCAGCCACGAGGCGUUCUGCGCGGCGCUGCUCCUUAAGGAGAUGAUCGAACACUUGUUCAUGGACCAGCACCUCAAACUGCACGUCCUCAGGGAGGGGGAGCAGAUCCCCACGAACAGCAAGCAGGCAAUCCUCGUCUGUUCGGUCGGAUGCUUCGGCACAGGCCACUUGACCUCGGCGCUCAUUGAGGCCGACAGGUCAAGGAUGAGGAUUCUACCAGUGAUAAUCGAGAGCGGCUUUGAGCUGCCUUCCACGACGAGCAAGGUUCACACCCGGGCCAACAAGCAACGUGAUACGCUCGCCCGCGUUGUCGAUGUUGUCGACAAGGUGUUCCUGGAGAAUGAGCUGUUCUUUUUCCCUCGGGACAGCACGCAGGUGCUCAACCUGCGCCUGCAGGAGGUCGCGGACCUGCUACUGACCGAAGCGGAUCGCGAGUCUUCGCGCCUCCCGGGCAGGGCGAGCGAUGGAAACCCAAGCGGUGGAGCCCGAGGCGACGGAAUCGCAGAGCAGGGCGAGGACAACGCCGAGCAGGAGGACGAGGACAACGCCGAGCAGGGCAAGGGCAACGACGAGCAGUAGGGCAACGACGAGCAGGAGGGCAACUACGAGGCUGUGUGAGCGUCGUUCGCACACGGUGCACGAGCUUUCACUGGGUCCGGGUAGUCAGGGGCCUCGGGGCGCAUGCACCGAGCCAGACGCGCCUCGUCUCUCGAGCCAAAGGGGCUCUUGGCAGAUUCCUUCGCCCGCUGCGCCUCCCCGCGGGUCGCCUCCUGAGAGUCUCGAGAUCGGUGGAGGCUUGCUUGCUUUUGGUGUGCUCGCACAGGCUCCCGUCCUCCCCCGUGCUCCGCGCCCUCUUGCUCCGCUCCCUCUCGCUCCACUCUCUCUCUCUCUUCCCCUUCCUUGCUGCUGCCCCUCCUCCCUGGCGGGCCCGGGGCGGGAGGAUCUGCUCGGCGGGGGGCGUGCCUCCCACGCGUGGUCUCUCCCGCAAAGGUCGCGCCCUGUGACGCCUGGGCUUCUCCCACUGGCCGCGCUCCGGCCUGCCUCGGACACUGCAGUGCUCGACUGCUCGUGUCGGGCCGUCCCCCGUACCCGGGUCUUACGUCUCCCCGACUUUUUACGGCGCGGGGAUGUGCACAUCCCACUCGUCUCUGAGCCCGCUCGCGCUGCGGAGCGCCAGCCGGUGCCCCAUCGGCGCUCUGUCGGCCGCGCUGCCGCCCAGCGCCCGGCGCUGCGGCGCCGUUUUUUUUGGGGGGAUGCGGACCUCGGGAAGGAUUUCGGGCGCGCA